AUGGGUGGAGGGGCCUCCAGCCCAUGGUUGGAACAGCCAGACAUGGACAUGGACAUGGACAUGGACAGGCCCGAUGAGGAAGGACCCCUGAGACGUAACAACAUACAGGCCUUGUUAAUCGGGAAUUGGGUACAUUUUGAGGGGCCAGGACGCCUGGGCCCCCAAGCAGAUGGAGAAAUCAGCCCCUGCCCUUUAGAGCUCGAAGAGCCGUUACCAUGGCCAUCCCACACAGCAUUUGGGGUUACGUGGCGGGAGGCGGGCGCCACCUCACAAUUCCCCUGUGAGGCGGGCGGAAGGAGGGUUGCCGGAGACCCGGUUCGCCGCAAGGCGGGCAGGGUGCGACCCCAGAACCUGCCACGUCCCCUCACCUGUGUGGCUAUGUUGAGGCUUUUCCAACUGACUCCUGGCCAGGUUCCUCAGCGCAGAGCCGAUGGAAGACCCGGACCUCAGCCACCUCCCGGGGCCCGGCCCAGAAUGCCCCAGUUUCAGGCAGAGAGCAUCCGUAGCAACCAUCCCUGCGGGACAUCAAGUAGGGGGAGCCAUGCCCCAGUGUUGCAUCCUCGGGUGGUCCCGGCCAUCCCCGACUUGCUGGCGACAGCCUUGGCCGCAGGGGGGGAAGGGAUCCCUGGAGCUAGGCCUGGGGCUCUGGGCUAUGCCCAUUGGCCCCAGGCGUACUUAGAGAACCAGCAUGCAGCCUUGUUCGGGGCUGGAGAUGGGAGGAUGAGAGUGAGCGUGCCGGGGAGGCGCAGUCCAUUCUUUCCUGACCCUCAUCGAGGACGGCAGGCCGGGCCCCACAUGCGAAGACACCGAAGAUCCCGCGCCCUCCCCGAGCUGCUCCUGGCCACGCUCGCCAGGACCGAAGGUGAAUUCUCCGGAGCAGGCUCCCAGGCCCUGGCCCAGGCCCCCCAAGCCUCCCAGGCAGCGGCCGAAUCCAACAGCGGCGACAGAGCUGGCCCUGCCCCCUGGCCCCCCAGACCCCAAGACCCCGCCGAAGGCCUUCCACAACCGGCCGGAAGAGGCGAAGCCCGAGCUCUGGGCGCCUGGAGCCCCCCGAGGAACAUGUAACAAGGCUUUGAAAGAACUGGAGCCCGCCCCCCCCCCCGCCCU